UCCAGCAAAAUGGCCAGCGACGGUACCGCCUCGAUCAUCCUCAUUGUCAUCAUCACCAUCUUCCGUACGUCCGCAACAUUGUAUCCCCCCAACUCCGCCUCGCUAGAACGUUCGGCUGACAACAUGCUAGUCCCACCCGUCGGCGUCUUCCUCAUCAGCGGCUGCAGCGCAGACCUCCUCAUCAACAUCCUCCUAACGUGUCUGGGCUACUUUCCCGGCCAUGUAAGUGCAGCACCACCAUCACCAUCACUGACUGUCCGUGUGUACUUUCGUUAUUCAGAUGCUGAUUUUGGGGAUGGUUGUAUCGUAGAUCCACGCUUUCUACCUCGAGUACGUCUACUAUAAGCGCCGAGACAAUGCUGCGAGGGGGGUGAUGGAUAGGCCUGCGCAGGGGGUGUAUUCGGACAAUAUUCAGAGUGGUGGACGGCAGCAGGGUGGGCAGGGGUAUGGGACGAUGUGAGGUGUAAGCUGUUGAAGGCUUGGAAGGAGCGCGUGGCGAUGUUUUAAGAGUGGCUUAAUGCUUAAUGUGGCACGUGAUAUCCAAUUGCAAUUGAUGCGAGCAUCAGUGAAUGAAUGCGAAUCGCAGAUGUGGGUCC